AUGGACGUGGGUGUCCUGGUCCCUGCCCUGCAGGUCACGCCUGCCGACCCCUUGGCUGGCAAGGAUGCAGAAGUCCUGAGGGCUGUGGAUGCCCUGGUCCAAUCAGCCCUGGCCACUAAUGCCAACAUCAUCUCUACUGCCGACUCCAGAGGGCUUUCCAACUGCCAGAGAAGCGUCGCCACGCUCUCGUCUGAACUUCAGCUCGGCGUGGUUGCAGCUCACGCUUGCAGGGCCGAAGGCCUCCGCCACACCCAAGCCACAAGCACCCUCGCAACUCCUGGAGAGCUGAGCGAGGCGGCCUGCUCUGCAGCACUGCACUGGGACACAGGGCUGGGCAGAGCAGACGCCGUGCUCUCCGCUGCCCAGGAGGGCCUCGAGAGUCUGGAGACCGGCUUCCAGAGCCUGCUGGAGAGCCAGGCUGGGGAAUGUGCUGAUUUUGCGAGGCACCUGAAGCAGCAGGGAGCAGAUGUGCGAUCGCAGCUGGACGGUCUACUCGCCCGACUGAUGGAAGCCUAUGGGCAUGCCCACGACGCUCAGCUCCAGGAGCUCGCCGAGGCGAGUCAGAGGACGGAAGAAUGUGCGAGGAAGCUGCAGAAGGAGCAGCUGGAGCUCUGCUCGGCAGCGCGGAAACAGGGCAUGGACGAGCUCAAGGCUCUGCAUGCACAGCAUCUGGUGCGACGCCAGGCCACCUCAAAAUGCUUCCCCGGCGCCGGCACGCUCUGCAUAGGCGUGGGCCUGCUCUACUGCUUCCGCCUCCUGGAACGGCAGGAGGGCCCGGUGCGGUCCCUGGAGUGCCGGCUGGCGAGCUGCGGGCUGGCGCUGGGAGUCCAGGCCGCCGCUCGCUGGGCCACCGGCACAGCCCUGGUCUCGGCCCCGUACGCGCUCGUCUUCACCGACCUGGUCGCCUACUGGGCCACGGUGCCGGUCCUGCAGGACUUCAGCUUGCUGGGGCUGCGCCUGAACGACAAGGCCUUUGUGUGUGCGGCCGGACUGCAGCUGGCGCUGCUGCAGGGCCGGCAAUCCCUCCUGGCAGCCGGCUGCGCGCUGCUGGCCGGCAUCCUCUACCACGCCAACAUCUUCAACCUGCAGAGCUGGAAGGCUGAUCCAGCGGGCGUGUUCGAGCUCUGGGCAACUCACUACAACAAGAAGUACGCUGGCAACGAUCGCGCUCACCGUCUGGAGGUGUUCACACAGAAUGCCGCCGCCAUCGCCGCUCACAAUGCGCAGCAGGCGUCUUUCACCAUGGCCAUCAACCAGUUCGCAGACCUGACGUCUGAGGAAUUCUCCAAGCACUUUCUGGGGUACAACGAGACACUGCGGACAGAUGAGAGACUUACCAGCAAGAGGCUGGGCUUCAUGUACGAGAACGCCACCGACCUGCCGUCCUCUGUGGACUGGAGGAAGGAGGGUGCGGUCACCCCCGUGAAGAACCAGUAUGCCUGCGGCUCGUGCUGGGCAUUCAGUGCCACUGGCUCCAUCGAGGGCAUCAACGCCAUCCGCACCGGCAAGCUGGUGUCCCUGUCGGAGCAGCAGCUGGUCAGCUGCGACCACGCCAAGGAUCUGGGCUGCGGCGGCGGGCUGAUGGACUACGCCUUUGACUACGUGGUGAAGAACGGCGGGCUGGACACGGAGGCGGACUAUGGCUACUGGUCUUUCGACCUCCCCUGCCAGACGGGCAAGGAGGCGGACCGCCACGUCGUCGCCAUCGACGGCUUCGAGGACGUGCCCAAGGGCAGCGCCGCCGCGUUGCGCAAGGCGCUCGCACACCAGCCCGUGUCGGUGGCCAUCUGCGCCAACUCUGCGCUCCAGUUUUACUCCUCGGGCGUGGCAGGGGACGAGACGUGCUGCACCCAGCUCAACCAUGGCGUGCUGGCAGUUGGGUACGAGGAUGGACCCGACGGCAGCGCCGAGAGCGGCCACUGGAUCGUGAAGAACUCCUGGGGAGAAGGCUUCUUCCGCCUGGCGCGCGCGUCCCUCAAGAAUCCCAACGGCCCCUGCUCCAUCUACGAGGCGCCCUCCUACCCUGUCAAGAAGGACGAGGUCAACCCUGAAGUCUCCAGCUUCUGCGGCUACUUUGGGCUGUCGGAGUGCCCCCCUCACAACGCCUGCACGUGCCAGUUCAACCUCUUCGACCUCGUCUGCCUCUCCUGGGGCUGCAAGGCUGGGGAGCCAAAGGAACUUUAA